CAAAGCCUGGGUCAGGCCUGGUCACAAAGUUGACUGAUAUUUGUAUAUUUUCUUAGCUGUAUUUGGUCUUUUUUUAUUUAAAAAACUCAGAAAAUUUCAUGUAAAUGGUAAGAUUCUAAGUUAUAUUAUAAUAGAUAUAAUAUGUUUAGAUGAUCCUGAUACACAUUUUUGUUAAGGGUGGAGGGAAACGCUUUGAUUACCCCAAAUAUGUCUGGUCUCCUUCUGGGGGAUGGUGGUGUGAACCAAGGAACUGGAGAAGAAAUACUGCCAUCGGGUUUGGAAUGAUUUUUGCAGCUUGUGUACCAAUAUGCUGGUUAUCAUGGCAGUUAGAGGUAAUAUAACUACAGUAGUAGCAAGAUUACCGCAAGAAACAACUUAUCACUAACUGUAGCUUAAUAUAAAAUUAUUAAAAUAUUGCCUGCAUGCGUCUCCACAGCACCCGUAGUCCAGGGUGGAAAGUUUGUUUUUUGUGUGCCAAAGAUUUGAUCAAGCUUCAGUAACCAGUAUGUGCCAGUGGCCGCACAGAUCCUGUUUAAGCAUAUUCACAUGCACCGCCGAGUUGCAAUGUCAACAUUUUUUUAGUGAGACAGAACAGAUACUAAACAUUUGAUAUACGGUCAGUCAGUGCUCAAUCAAAUUCCCUUUAUUAAAUGGCUGAAAUGCAGACAUAAAUGGUCGAGAACAUUGUAGUGUGCACAAGUAAAUAAAUUUUUGUAUGCCAGUGCACCACACCAGUUCAUUUUCCCAUAAAUGGCAUAAUUCUGUGCCAAAAUGGAGCAAAUUUAUGAAUUUUCCACGCCGAAGAUCUUCGACGCAACCCACAAACUUCCACCCUGGCCCAUAGUGGAAAACCAAUCACACCACACACAAAUAGUCACAGCUCCUGUAAACGCCAACAUUGGGCUGCAAUCAAAAAAGGUUUCUGGCGCCUCUGCUUCACAUCGGAACGACUUUUCAGUGUCGCUGGUAACACAUUUUACAGCCAAACGGUCGCUACUGAAAUGUUUUGUAAUUGGCUAAAAACCUGUGAAUUUUUCAAAACAUUUCUGAGGUUUCUAACUUUUUUGACAAGUUGUAUAGUUAUUAAAGUUUUGGUUCGUUUUUGGUGAAUGUUCGUUUGCAAUGAUUUAUGCAGAACUUUGUUGAUAAUUAUUUGCAGUCAAAUUAUAACAUUAAGCGGUAUUGAAGUUUUCAAAUUGCAUUUCUUGACUUAAUUCUUUCAGUUCAAGAAUGAAAUCAUGUUUAACUCACUAUAAGCACCAGUGCUCUCCACUUGAUGAGUAAAAUCAUCUGGCGUUAGACAGAGUAAAAUAAUAAAGUGGGGCGCAGCAGGGCGCAAUACAACUCAAUAUAUAAGGUACAAAUACAUUUACACAAUUUGCAAUUUGGUGUGUAUGAUUCGGUAAUUCCUAGGUAAAAAAUUACUGCUGACGCCACAAAGUCCACAAUUCCUCUUCAUUUGGUUUAAGCAAAAUUCGAAGGGAAAAACAGUUUUACCGGUUUAGAAUUCGAUAGUUUUCCGGUUUUUAUUUUAGCAAAACAUCCCAAUUAACCUUGUGCAGUAGUAAGCUACAGUUUGCAUUUUGUCUUUCCUGCUGACAGAGGUCACCAUUUUGUGUAGGAAAGCAAAGGAGAAGAGACCUCUGCCUAGAUCUGACACUUCCUCAGUCCAUGAUCAUGGACGAGUCAAACCAGUUUGUAAAACAAGUUCUGAAACCGGUUUAGAUAAACAAAUAGUACGCAUGCUCAGAGCUGAAUUAUGCUGUAAUGACAUUGAGCUCGCAACUGUCAAAAUGGCGGCUUGCACAACAUGGUCAUUUUGAGGUUUUUCAUGUUGUUUGAAAGUGCUCUAAGUUAUGUAAUUGAUAUUUUCAAAGAUGAAACUGUGAAAGCAGUGACAGAAGAACAAAAGAAAGCAAUCUUUUCUGUUUUAUUGGGCCGAGAUACAUUUGUUUGCCUUCAAACUACGGUAAGUUAGCAAGUUGCUCCCGCAAAAACCGAUUUGAUAUCAUGUGGUGAACAUCACUCGUUGUCAUGGCAAUUUUUGCACAUGCACGACAGAAAACGUAUCAGAUCUAGGCAGAGGUCUCUUCUCCUUUGCUUCCCAGCAUAAAUAGAAACCUCUGCCAGCAGGGAACAUUUUGUCUUGUUAUCGCCAAUAAAAAUGAGUAAAAACAUUGCAGUAUAUACCCAGACAGUAUAUACCCAGCCUCGUACCCAGGCUCUUUCGUAAUUAAUAGCGUUCAGAGCUCUGGGUGAGCAACUAGGCGCGCGGGGAAAAAUCCCCGUGCGCCUAGUUGCUCACCCAGAGCUCUGAACGCUAUUAAUUACGAAAGAGUCUGGGUACGAGGCUGGUAUAUACCUUAUGUUGACUUAUGUCCAAAGAUCAGUGCAGGGCCGUAGCGAGGGGGGGGGGUAAAACCCCACCCCCAACUUUUGUAAAAUUAACAUAUUCGGAAAAUCGGGUUGGCCAUUCCGAAAAUUAUGGCAAUAAUAUUUAGUAUAACAGAAUUUCAGUUGUUUAGAUAGAGAAAAUAUUAUAAAAUGGUAUUGUGAUCAGUAUAAGUUAUAAACUGAUUUACAAAAUCACAGCAUUAUAUAAAAUCACAGCAUUAAAUAUUAGUGAGUGGUUUUAAACAAACACAAUAAUAUUGAAGUAAAUAUUACAGAAAACAAAGCAAAAGGUGAAAUGAGAAUUAUGAAGGCCAAGGAUGUCUUAUCUGCUCCAGCCAUAGACCGAGGCAGAUAGCACCAACCGACGGCUUAAUAAUUCUCGGUAUCACGCAAAAACCGAAUUUAAUAAUUGUGUUAUUAUACACAUAUAUCAGGGCUCUUCUCUUGAAAUUCGCUUAUCUUUUUUGUUCAAGAUAGUACUGGUUGAAUAUAUUUACUGCUGUCUUUGUAGCUCUUUAUUGGUGACCUCGCUCAGAAUAAUUCUCGAUAAUUCUUAAUUAUUAUUUAUCUAAAAUAAUUCAUGAUUUCUGAUUGCUAACAACCAACUUUUAAUAUAUCAACUCGAUGGCUGCCAAGUAUAACAUUUUUACAUAAUAUUCAACGGAGUGACGUCAUAACAUUGAUAUAAAAAAUAUUACUAAACGCUAUGACGUCAUGCCAAUUACGACCGCCGAAAGAGUGGGCAAAUGUGCCGCAAAACAAAUGGCGUAAUAAAACAAUUUUUGAAUUAGGUUUUCGCAUGAUAUGAAAAAUUAUAAUUGAUCGUUCAGACAUUCAUGUUCUGCUCAACCUCAUUCAAUAAUUGUUAAAUAAUUCUACUUUAUGUUGUUUAGAGAAGACCCGUUGCUCCAUAUAGACACAUAUUCUCACAACGAUUUGCGAAACACGCAAAGGUGAGUUUUAGGCCGUGGGCUGUUGUGCGAAAAAGUGCCUAGAAAAGCAAUUUCGUGGCACCCUCCUGGGAAAUAGAUUUUCUGUGGUUCAAUUCAUAGAACCAUAGAUGCUUAAUUACCACAAAAAGUUCCCAAGCAAAAAAACUUGCCCAACACCGAGAAAAUGGGUGAUCAGUGAUUAUCCUCUAUUAAAUUGUAUUACAGCAAGAAAAUGUAAAAUUUUGUAUUCAAUUACAACAAAAAUGACUUGCAUUUAUCAGAAAGCUUACAAAAACCUACAUAUAAGACAUUUAAACAGUUUUUUUAUAUCUAAAAUUGUUUUCGAGUUAUACGCUGUCAAAAACGCGUUUUUGACCUAGUACCCAGUCCUUAUUGCGACAUUUUGGUCCAAUUUUCACAUUUAAAACAGCAAUAACUCAAAGACUAUUUGAAGAAUCAAAAAACUGUUUAAAAGUCGGAUAUGCGGUUUUUUGUACGUUGUCCGAUUAUGCAAGUCAUUUUUAUUGUAGGUGAAUACAGAAUUUCCCAUUUUUGUGCUGUAAUACAAUUUAAUAGAGGAUAAUCAUUGAUCACCCAUUUUCUCGGGAUCGGGCAACUUUUUUGCUUGGGACCUUUUUUUGAUAGUGAUGUAUCUAUAUGCCUUUCAAAUAAAUCCCAAACCAAGUAUUUCCCACAUGGGUGCCACGAAGCGAAAUAAUUUUGGCCAACAGCCCACGGCCUAUUUCUAAAACUGCUCUGUGGAAGUGUCAUUUAUGAUAAGAUUUUAUCUAGCCACUUAAAUAUAGAUUGUUAGAUUUACUGACUAAUCGUAUUAUUUAAUUUGUAUUGCAUUUUUAUUACAAUAUUUUUUCUUUUUUGCUUUGCAGGAAGACGAUCCUUCUCUGACUUGACAUGUGAUAUUGAAUGUUCAUGAAAUUUGCAGUGUGGAAGGAGAUAAUAGCUUUAAUUAAAACACUGACUUUUGUACUUGAACAGCAUAAAUUUAGUGUAUUAGCGUCAGGCCUUUAUAUUAAAGUGACUAUUUUAUUGUAUUAUGUGCAUGGUUGGAUAAUUACAGAUUUAUGAAACAUUGUUUCUUACCAAUGAUAAUAUGAUAUACUUGCACAUUUAUAAUUCUAUAUAAUUUAUUAGGGUACAUAUUUUACUGACAGAACUGUGGAAACAGCCAAGUUUAUCUUUGUAUGUCGUUUUCGCAAACCUUUUACUUGCACUAUAAGUUUUUUCUCGUUCUACAGGAAUUUUAUGCUGAUAAUGAGUUUAAACAAGCGACGUUUUUAUCAACACAGUCGUCAGCAGCCUAGUCCCUAGGCAGAGGAUUUGGGACUAGUCUGAGUCGUCAGCAGCCUAGUCCCUAGGCAGAGGAUUUGGGACUAGUCUGAGUCGUCAGCAGCCUAGUCCCUAGGCAGAGGAUUUGGGACUAGUCUGAGUCGUCAGCAGCCUAGUCCCUAGGCAGAGGAUUUGGGACUAGUCUGAGUCGUCAGCAGCCUAGUCCCUAGGCAGAGGAUUUGGGACUAGUCUGAGUCGUCUGCAGCCUAGUCCCUAGGCAGAGGAUUUGGGACUAGUCGUGAGUCUUCAGCAGCCUAGUCCCUAGGCAGAGGAUUUGGGACUAGUCUGAGUCGUCAGAUUGCCGAGAGGGGACUGGAUAAAAAACUGUGUUUGUGCGUCAGUUUGGUUCAACACAUCUGACAAAAUGCAAGAUUGUUAACUUUUUUGCUUCCUUACACGAGCGCCAUGAUGCCGCCAAAAGUUUUGGGGUGACGUCCGUGUUGAGAAAAUCGUCGCUUGCUUAUAAGCCCACUAAUCAGUCUACAGGAGGAACAUUAGCAAUCACUCGUCGUAGGAAAGUAGGUAAACUUCCAGACGAAAGGUCUUCGCUAGAGUAUCUGAUGCUCGAUAUAUCGCAGUGAUAUACUCUCCCGUAGAAGGCGCAGCUGUUACAUUAAACUGACAACAUCACUCUGUAGUAGAAACUAGAGAUAAUGACUUCUUGUUGAAAAGUAGGUAUAGAUGAGUGGGUGUUCCCCCUGCAGGCCACCAGUUUAUAAAUCAGGAAUGAAUGAACUAGUGAAUGAUGGAGGUUGACAUGAAUAUCACUUCUACUUUAGAUAUGGUUCCAAUGUCACGUUGAAAUGUCGCCUUUCUACUUUAAAAUAAUGGCACCCAAAUAAGAUGGGUCAUGCGAUCUCAAGUACUGUAACUAACCAUUUGUAGUCUUUAGUGAAAGCUUCAUUUGCUAAUAAACUUUCAUUAGAUUUUUCUAGAUUUUAAUAGAUAACUUAUUUACACAUUGAAUCACUGCUGAACGCCUGAAACCUGGUUAUUCACAACACUCGUAAAUUCAACGUUCGUAAAUUCUAAUUGUUCGCGUGAAAGAGACUUGAAUAGUCUGCAAAAAGUGAAUAUCAAGGAAACUGCUUGAGUUUUGGAUAUCAUGUGUGCAGGUUCUCCGAGAGGUUGCAGGAGGCCCCGGCAAAAACCUUUCCAGGAGGCCCUAUGACGUCUUAAAAUUUUAUCAGACCCACUCAGGCAAAUUUUCCGCAGAAAGAAAAUUUUAUGCUUGUGAUGUUACUCUGAGUGUAUAUCCACACCGGGCAAGCUUGAAAAUAUGCCUGGCCACGGUGGGAAUUGAACGUACGACCUUUGGUAUUCUAGCAC